AUGGAGAGCAGGAGGCUGCUUGUUUUAUGGGUGACAAUGAUGAUUGAGUUGUCGCUUUUUGUCUCUGUUCUCUGUGCCGAAAUCCCACCCAGGUUCUCUUCCUAUUAUCACUUACUUCAUCUUAAUUUCUCAGCCUCAACAGUUCAUGGGAAACGGAAAGAGAGAGACAGAGAGAAAGAGAUUGCUUUUAUGGCUGUUGCUUUAGGAAAACUCCUAAGGGAUCAUGACAGUGACACUCAUGUUCGGUUACAAAUAAAUCACCGCGAGGUGAUUAUUGACAAUGGACUCGUUAGAGUCACCAUCGAGAAUCCAUCUGGUUAUUUGGAAGGAAUUAAAUAUAAGGAUAUACGGAAUGUGUUCGAAAGGAGAAACAACAACGACAAUAGAGGGUACUGGGACAUUGUGUGGGAUGGGGGUGCCUAUGACAGACUGGAAACCAAACAUGUCGAGGUCAUAACACAAACUGAUGACCUAGUAGAGAUUUCCUUUACUAAAAAAUGGCACUCUAGGGACCAUGGCAGGACACUUCCCUUAAAUAUACAGAAAAGGUACAUAGUCCAACGCGGCAUUCCGGGGGUCUACAUGUACGGUGUUUUCGAGCGCGAGGCGGAUUUUCCGGAGGCUAACAUGUACCAAAUAAGGAUUGUGUUCAAGCUCAGGGAAGACAAGUUUCGGUUCAUGGUGGUAUCGGACACGAUACAAAGGAUCAUGCCUCGUCCCGAAGAUCGGGAUGAACAUCGAAGCCAGGCUCUUGCCUUCAAAGAAGCUGUUCUACUGACCAAUCCAUCCAAUCCAAGCCUUAAGGGAGAGGUUGAUGACAAGUACCAAUAUUCUACCGAGAACAAAGACAACAAGCUUCACGGUUGGAUAUCCGAUGACGAUGCUGUCGGUUUCUGGGUAAUAACUCCAAGCAAUGAGUUCCGAAACGGUGGCCCGCACAAACAGGACCUCACUUCUCAUGUUGGUCCGACUGCUCUUUCGAUGUUUGUUAGUACACAUUAUACCGGAACCGAAAUGGAUACAUUUUAUAAGCAAGGAGAGGCCUGGAAAAAGGUUUUUGGUCCGGUUUUAAUCUACCUUAAUUCCGCGUCUUCAAAAGAUGAUCACAGCAAGAUCCUCUGGAAUGAUGCUAAGAGACAGUUGAGUGAAGAAAUUGGAAGGUGGCCUCAUAAUUUCACUCGAUCAGAAGAUUUUCCUCACUCUGAACAACGGGGACAAGUUAAUGGGCAAUUGCUAGUGCGAGACCGGUACAUGGCUAAGGAAUUAAUGCAGGCGAAAUCCGCCUUUGUGGGGCUGGCUGCCCCUGGAGCUGCAGGUUCAUGGCAAACAGAAGGAAAGGGCUACCAGUUCUGGACUCAAACUGACAAUAGUGGCCAUUUCAGUAUAAAAAAUGUCCGACCAGGGGAGUAUAAUUUGUACGCUUGGGUCCGUGGUUUCAUUGGGAACUACAAAUUAGACCUGAACAUCACUAUCCAAACAGGAAGCAAGAUCGAAUUGGGUACACUUAUCUAUGAUCCUCCAAGAAAUGGCCCCACAUUGUGGGAAAUCGGAGUUCCCGACAGGUCGGCGGCCGAGUUCUUCAUUCCCGAACCAUCCCCACAAUUCAUGAACUCAAUUACCAAAGAUUACACUGACAAGUUCAGACAAUACGGAUUGUGGGAUCGGUACUCAGAUAUUUAUCGUGAUGGUGAUCUUGUCUACACUGUGGGCACAAGCAGCUACUCGAGGGAUUGGUUCUUUGCUCAUGUUCCAAGGCAAACAGGGAACAAUACUAGCAGGGCAACGACAUGGCAAAUCAAAUACAAUCUCCAAGAUGUAAACGAGAGAGGAACUUACACUCUCCGAUUGGCAUUGGCAGCGGCUUCUUAUGCUGAAGUACAGGUUCGAUUCAACAAUCCGAAUGCCCGCCGACCUUAUUUUACUACCAGAAGAAUCGGUUACGAUAAUGUCGUACCAAGGCAUGGAAUUCAUGGACUCUACAGAUUGUACAGCAUUAAUGUACCUGGAUACAGAUUUCGUGAAGGGGACAAUACCAUCUAUCUAACUCAGACGAGAAGCAGAAACUCUUUUGAAGCGGUUAUGUACGACUACAUUCGAUUAGAAGGGCCUAGCAGUUAGUCAAUUAGCUAUGAUAUUCAUGUGCAGUUAGGAAGUUCUUUUUAUUCUUUUUUAGGUCAUAGGCGGUGCUUAGGGAAAUGCUGUAAUUGAAGCCUGAUUCAGGCUAAAAUUCAUACAAUUAAAUUAGUUCAUUUAUUC